CAGAGGUUUCCCUGUGGUCUGCCAGAGUCAUUUUCAAGGUUUCCAGAAGACAAGCUGGACCAGGGCAGUCUGGACAGGUGCUUCCCAACUCCACCAUGAAGCAGCUUUCCUCUGUAAUCUACGUUCCCAUCAGCCUCGUCCUCCUGUCUGGGUUCUUCCUCACAACUUGCUUAGCAGAAAUAUACAACUCCUCAUCUGUUCCUUCUCCUGUGUUAGACUUGGCAUUCAUACCACAGUGCUCUGAUGUAGAUUUCUGCUCUAAGGCUGCCCAGUGCUGUAAACAUGGAAUGGAUGAAGAUGGUUGGAUUGCAGCAGCAAUUGGUUGGAGUCUCUGGUUUCUCACACUCAUUUUGCUCUGUGUGGGUAAACUCAGAAAAAUAACACCUGAUGAAUCCAAGUACACACAAGCAUGAAAUUUGGGACUCCAUAGACAAGACUAUCAAACUCCACCAGUUUCCUAAAUGAAGAGAAUAGUCUUGAAAUAAGAUUCAACUUGCUUUUUAAAGGGGAGCAGAAGAUGGAAAUGUCCAAUUUCAGCAAGGAGAUAGUACUUUCACAUCUAGUUUCAAAGGGUUACUAUUUGACCCUGAUAGUUUUCCUUUCUCUAUAGUUUAAUAUCAGAAUUAUUUCCAUAAACAUUUGUUGAAUUGAAUUGACAGGAAGAAUUUAUGAAAUAUCAGUUGUGUUUCCAGUACCAUCUUGAUAUUCAAGGAUACAAAAAAGGAAUAACCAAGAGCCAUUCCUCAAUAGAUAAGUUGUCAAAAGAUAUGAACAGUUUUUGAAAGACCUGCAUAUUAUAAAUUAAAUUAAUUGCCAUUUGGAAACUUUCUCCAAACCAAUAAUAAUAAGAGAAAUGCAAAUUAAAACAACUCUCACCCUGAAAAUUGACUGAGAAAACAAAAAUGAGGAUUUGUGGGAAGAAUGGAAUACUCACACACUGUUGGUAGAGCUAUGAAUUGAUCCAUCCAUUUUGGCUAUCCAUUUGGAAUUAUGCAAAAAUGUGACAUCACUGUUCAUACCUUUUGACCCAAUAAAUCCUUCUACUAGACAUAUACUCCAAAAAGUUCAAAGAUGAAAACAAGAGUCUCAGCAGGACUCUUUGUGGUAACAACAACAACAACAAAAAAAAAAUGAAACAAAGUGGAGCAAAAGUAAACUGGUGUAUAAAUGUAAUAAUUUCUGCUACAAUAGAAAGGAGAAAAGUCACAAGAAGGAACAUGAGCUCUGAGUGACUGAGAAAGCAAAAAAGAAAUGCUACCAGAGAACAGAUCUGGGAGUAUACUUGUCUCCCUUUGACCAAAGUGAGGGGGAGAAUGUCAGAUAGAGUGACUAUCAGGUAGUUUCGUUUAGUUGUUUUUCUUUGUUACAAAGAAGGGUUUGAUAGGGGAGAGGGAGGAACAGUGGUAUAGACCUAGAAAUAACUGUGAUGUAAAAAUAAAAAUUAUCAA